AUGCUGCGUCUGCGGCAAAUCUACCAACAGGAAGGUCUCACAUGCCCGACCUGCAAGCUCUUGUGUCACGCAAGUUGCAUGGAGCAACUUCCGCCUGAAAAUGAGGACGUGCAUUUAUCAUCCUGCCUCAACUGCGCUGGUAACACAGGCAGCAAGGUCAAGGACGUCCCGACAUCAGUGAGGUCACCAUUGGGCGCCCUGUGGGGCGAAAAUGGCAAGAUCAAGGUCAGCAAUGGUGGCACGAUAAGCAAAAAUGGCAGGAACACCAGCGUCCGCCCGCGCUCUGCAACCAACAUCAAGAAGAACAGCUUGGAAAGAGGAGAGACAGGGAAUAGACUGAAGGACACGCCGACGGGUAGAGGAUCAAGAAGAGGAGGAAGAGGAAGGGGAAGGGGACUGAAACAACGAAGUUUAUCGGAGAGCUUUGCAAAAGACAUAAAAGAAGGAGGAAAAAGAAAGGAGAGGAGCCCAGCGGAGGACGAGGCAAAGAAGAGAGAAAAGGUCGAGGAAGGAGAAAAGAGAAGCCCGUUUGAGAAGAGUAACCUGACGCUGAGGACACCACCGAAGAAAGGAAACGAGAAAGAGAUAGAAGACCGGGAAAUGGAGAAAUUGCAGGAAACCCUGAACAACAUAUGUGAAGGGAUGAAAGAAGAGAGGAACGAGAGAAAAAGAAUGAUGGAGAAGUGGGAGGAAAAAUGGAAAGAAAAUGAGGAAAGGAUAAAGGAAGCCCUGGAAGAAUUCAAGAAGAAGAUGGAAGAGGAGAGAGAGGAAAGAAUAGAGAUGGGAAAGAGAGCAGAGAAGGCGGCAGAGGAGGAAGGUAAAAGAAGGGAACAACUAAAGGAAGAAAUGCUAGAGAAAAUAAAAAACCUAGAGGAGAGAUUUGAUGAGAGAAUGCCGGAAAGAAGCAGAGAAAGACCAGAGCAAGAUCGAAGGGAAAAGAGUGCAGAAGAGGAAGAAAGAGAAAAAAGGCAGAUGGAAGAACUGGAGUGGAGAAUAGAAGAGGGAGAGAGAGAGAGGAAGAGAAACAACGUGGUGAUAUCAGGAAUCAGAGGAGAAGGAUGGGACAAGGAUAAGCUGAAGAGCUGGGUAAGAGACAAACUGAGAAUAGAGAUAGAAUUCAAGAGAGUAUGGACAAUAAGAGGAAGAGCCAACAGCAAAAUAGGAGCUCAGUGCAAAGACGGAGAAGAGAAAGAAAAACUGAUGGGGAUGAAGAGCGCGCUGAAAGGGACGGACGUGUUCAUCGACCACGACACGACCUGGAGGGAGAGAAGGACGAGGGAGAAACUGAACGAGUUAGCAAAACAGUGGAAGAGAGAGGGUCACACAAGAGGAAGGGACAGCUUUUUCGAAGAGAGACAGGAAAAAGGGCAGAGGACAGAAGAGCAGAAGGACAACACAAGGGAGGAGACCAAUGAGAGCAUAAAGGUAGUAAGCUGGAACGUGGCAGGGAUAAAAGGACUAGGAGAGGAGGGCUGGAGAUACCUAAAAGUGUUCGAUGUGAUCUGCCUGCAGGAAACAUGGAUGGAAGAUGGAGAAGGAGACAAGAUAAAAAAGAGGCUAAAAGGAUACGAAAUCGAGGUAAGAGAAGCAAAGAAGGGGGGUAGCAGAGGUAGGCUUAAAGGGGGUUUGCUAACGGCAGUAAGGACAGGGGGGAGCGGGGAUAAGAUAGAAUGGAUGAGAGGCAGGUCAGGAGAAUGUAUAGGGGCGAAGGUGAGGAUAAAGGGAGAGGAAUGGUGGAUAUGCACGACAUACAUGAGAGAAGAGAAAUUGAGAGAAUACAUGAAAGAAAAAGAAAAACAACUAUGA